CGCGCAUGGACUGCAUUGGGUUGCUACACUUCGUUGAUCGGCGCUCGCUUUUACCUCGUUAGGUGACCCCUCCAGUUACGGGCGACGACUGUGUGGGUGCCUUUAGGGGAAGCACAACAAAUUCAACAGAAGGAAUAAGGGCAAUUAUUCUGGAGUUUUGGCACGAGCGAGUGAAGUUUCAGUAACUCUUGAAGGAAAGUAGCCAGACCUGUCAAACAUUAACGUCAGAAAUAGUAGUCUAUGUACAACACUGUAUAGAGGUGCCAUCAUGAGGAAGUCUUCUUUUGCAGGAAUUACAAGAACUCCAAGUGGAAAACUACGAAGAACCUCUGAUGCUGGUCAUCCUUUAAAAAGGUCUUUUGAAGUAGAGGAAGGAGAGCAGUCACCAAAUUCUUCCAUUCCCCCAAGACGGAAUCCAAAUAUCAGAUCUGCAGUGUCAACUUCAGCGCAGAAGUUUCAGGAUCUGAGUGCAAAAAAUUUAGAGCAGUCUGCAAGGCAUGCAGAGCCAACCAGCCCUAUUUCUCCCAAGACAUCCUUAAGAAGAACAGAAGUCACUGGACCCAAGGUCAAUGAGCCAAUGUCAAGACGAACUGAGAUUUCCAUAGAUAUUUCCUCCAAACAAGUUGAGAACUCCAGCCCUGGUAUAUCAAGAUUCGGUCUCAGAAAGGCAGAAGUUUCAGGACAUAAGCCUCCAGAACCAGCACCAAGGCGAACAGAAGUCAAUGUAACCAAACCCCAGGAGACAUCUUUAAGGAAACAAGAUGCACAGGCAUCCAAGAUACCAGAACUAACUCAAAAAAGGGCAGAAUCUUCCAGCUCUCCAGUUAAUGAGGGAGUCCCCAAACGGGUAGAAAUUCAAGUAGUAAAGGCUCCAGAAGUACUUGUCACAGCAAGACAAGCGGAGAACUCCAUAUCUCCUCCAAACAAUCCACAAUUCCACCAAGAACAGAAGACACAAACACCAGUACCAGAAACAAUAGCAAGAAGUCAGGAAAGUCUGGAUACAGUGCAUAAUUCCACAAACAACAUGGCAGAGUUUUCUAGAGAUGCAGCUCCUAAGCAGGCGCCUCCAGUGCGAAAUGAGAAACCAGCAUCAGAUUUUGGAUAUGUUGGCAUUGAUGCCAUACUGGAACAGAUGAGGCGGAAAGCAAUGAAACAAGGGUUUGAGUUUAAUAUCAUGGUAGUAGGUCAGAGUGGAUUGGGAAAAUCAACGUUAAUGAACACCUUAUUUAAAUCAAAAGUAAGCCGCAAAUCAGUACAGGGAUUUUCAGAAGAACGGAUUCCCAAAACAAUUGAAAUUAAGACUAUAACACACGACAUUGAAGAGAAAGGCGUUUGCAUGAAACUUACAGUCAUUGAUACCCCAGGCUUUGGAGACCACAUUAACAAUGAAGAAUGCUGGCAGCCAAUUAUGGAGUUCAUCAAUCACCAGUAUGAGACAUACCUUCAAGAAGAGAUCAACAUUAACAGGAAGAAGAGAAUUCCAGACACACGGGUUCACUGCUGUAUUUAUUUCAUUCCGCCAACUGGACACUCACUUCGACCGCUAGAUGUUGAAUUUAUGAGGCGACUGAGCAAAGUGGUGAACAUUGUCCCAGUGAUUGCAAAAGCAGACACACUAACCCUUGACGAAAGAGAAUACUUCAAACAAAGGAUCAGAGAAGACUUGCGAUCCAAUGGAAUUGAUGUUUAUCCACAGAAGGAAUUUGACGAGGAUGAAGAAGACAGGCUAGUUAACGAUAAGAUUAGAGAAAUGAUUCCGUUUGCAGUGGUAGGAAGUGACCAAGAGUACCAGGUCAAUGGAAGACGAAUUCUUGGGAGAAAAACAAAGUGGGGUACAAUCGAAGUUGAAAAUAUUGCACAUUGUGAGUUUGCCUAUUUACGUGAUCUUCUAAUUAGAACACACAUGCAGAAUAUUAAAGACAUCACCAGCAGUAUUCACUAUGAGGCAUACAGAGUGAAUUGCCUAAAAAAGGGAGGUUUGAUUUCCAAUGGCAUAGACGAAUUAGAUGCUGUGUCAAACGAGAUGUGAAAGUACGAGUUCCUGAUCGCCUUUGAUUGUUUACCCAGGACCUUUUCUUAACAUGCUGCCAAUGUUACCUGACCAAAAUGGGAACCUGUCUGUUAGAUGUCUGAUAAAUAUUUCUGCUGCACUGAUAAUGUGUUAACUCUUAAUGCAUUCAUUUCUGUUCACAAAUGUGGCUGAUGAGUGUGCAGGAGGCCUGUGACCUUUUAUUUGCAAAGUAACUCCUGGCUAAGUUUAAAUCACAGUUUGGACUCUUAAGUCACUGUUUAAUCAAAAUGUGUUGCUUGAACCAAGGUAGGAUCUCAAGAGUUUUUAAGAAUGGAAUAAAGUGAUUAGCAUAUUUAAUUUUUCAUGAGUGGAAUUGGUACAGACAGCUCAGUCCCUUUUUCAAAAGGAAUGAGAUCUAAAAUUGGAUGUACAGAUGGUAGCAGUGACUUGUGUCGUUUUAUUAUUUAUGCAAAAAAUCAUGAUUACCAUUGCAAAUUGAGGAACUAGUGAUUGAGAAAUGUUUGCUGUGUAGAGUACCUUCAUUAUAGGUGCUUAGGAUUCUGCAGCAAAAUGUAGAGCUAAUUAACAGAAAAUCUCAGGAGACUGCUACAAGGUAUAUGUUAUGUAACAGUUUAUAGGAACAUGUAAUUAGACAAAUGAUUUUACAAGUUUUAAUGACAGAUUGGGAAGCCAUGAAUAACUGUUUCUGCCUCAGUCACUUGUACUUGGGCAGUCUGUAAUGAUAUCUCAGUUCUAUUCCCUGAAGGAGUAUGGGAACAACUGAAGUAAUUAGAUGACUUCUCUUCACUCGGAAAUCUAGAACUGAAAUAUUUAUUCAUGCAUGCUAGAGAUGGUUUGAAGUCACAUUAUUCUUAUUCUUUAGUUUACAGGAGGCAUGCUUUCAAAGUGUUGCAUUAAAGCACUCAUUUCUACAGUGUUUAUGCAAACUGUCUGUGGAUUAUGAAAUGUUUUUCUUCUGGCAUGUGGGUGGCUUCUCAAUGUACAGCACCAGGUACACUUUUUCUUCUGAGAAAUGGUUUGGAAAUGCAUGGAAAGUAAUAGCCUGGGAGCACUUUCCAUUCGUAGAAAAAAAUACAUAGCCCUAGAGAGCACCUUUUCCACUGUUAAAACUUUCACUUGCAGUUUGUGUAGGGCACCGUGGUUUAACAGAGGGCAGAAAAGACAAAGUCCUGCAGCAGUAUUUUUAUGUAGACCUAAAGCUGUAUAGUAACCAUUAGAGCAACAAUUUUUAUGUCGCAUCACUAUAUUACAGAAAGACUUAAAGAAAUUUUAGCAAUACAGCAGUGUCCUUGUUGUACCAUUCCUUCAUAUGAUAGAAGCACAUUAACAAAGGGCAAGGCGAUGGUGUAUUUUCUUGAACAUUGACAGAUUAGAUCUUUUCAGUAACUGAAAAUUAAGUGAAACAAUGUGUUUCUCCUGUCCACCCUGUUGGCAUCUGCCAUUAUUGAGUGAUUAUGUGCUUUGAUUUCCAGUGGAGCAAAACUGCUUUUGAAAAAUGUAGCUUUGUGCUGUCUUUUGACAUUCAGCUGUUUGUGACAUAGUCAGUGAAUAUGAUAAUUAUAAGCCCAAACAUGUUUCACAGAGAUGCUGCUGCAGUGAUGAGAAAACUCUCCAACCUAGUUUGUUACUUUCUUUGUGGACAUGAGCAUGGUCAUCAAAACAAAAGUACAUAUCGUGUCUGGCUCUUGGCUGCUUUGUGAGCAAUCCAGAAUUGUUUGCUUCCUUGAAGGAAUGGGCUUUUAUGUUACUUCAAAGUGUCUGCAGAUUGAACUCUCUGUUAUCACUCCCCUCAAGUGACUUACUGCCGUCCUGUCCAUAUUAAUUUCUCUGCCUGUUAAGGCUUCAGGUUUUGGGACAGGCUGCAGCUUCCUAUAGCCCUGAACCUGACUACAGCAGAUAGCUGGAGAAUAAUUGGAUGAGUGCAUUGUCUUUAGUUUUGGUGGUUGUUUUGCAAGCCAUUAAAAUAAAGUCAUAGAUCAAAGGUGUCAUUGCUGUCAGGGAGUGUCAAAGCAUUCUGGCUAAUAUGGAAAGAGCCGAUGUUCUGCUUUCAUGCAUUGAGGGAGAACCACUCAAGAAAACAGAAUUCAAAGAAUGUGUCUAGGAAAUUGUUUUUGUAAGUUCUGGGAUAUACUGUUCGAUUUUCUUGGAAUCAAGCAUUUUCAGUAUCAGAGUAUUUAUUAUUAUUUUUUAUUUUUUUUUUACGGUUAACUCAACUUGAUUUUUCUAACGGUACCUGGACAAUUAAAGAAAUUAGAGUAACGCAGGUAAAUUUUACAUCAGCUGUAUCAGUGUUUAACACAGAAUAUUUCUAGGUUGCACACUCCCUUGCAGAUGCUUAGGUAACACAUAACUGUUUGCUGUCAUACAAGCAGUCAGCAGCUGACGUAGCAGUUCAACUUGAUUAGCCUUCAUGCAGUAAUUACUUGUUAAGUUGUGGGAGCAUGACUGCUCCACGGUGUGUAAACGUUUGCAGGUCAUCUGACUACUGUGCUGCAGUGAUGAGAUGUCUUGCUGGUUUUCCUUUCAAUGCAGAGUGGGAAUCUAAGAUGGUUUUAUAUGUUAUGUUAUUAGGACACAAUUUGCACUGAUUGAGGUUAUGCAAUAAGCCUAGGGCUUAAAAGUCGCCAUCUUGAAUAGGACUAAUGUAUGUAGAUGAGAGAAAUAUAUGUUUGAUAUAAAAUUAAAAACUACUGCAUUGCUGUAAGACAUCAGCAUGUGAUUCUCUGCCAUUGUAGGUUUCAGUUUUUGUUGGAAACCCAUGAUAUGCAAUUGCUUGGGUACCAGGCACAGACUGCAGGAAAUGUAAUGUUAUGCUAAAUUACUUUUAUUCAUUUUAACUUGUCAGUAUUCGUUGCUCCAGUUCCUUGAUCGGUAAUGAGAUUAUUGCUACAGAGUAUGAAGGGUGACUGUGUAGUAAUGGUGUUUUGUGGCUGAGUAAAUGAAUGUGUAUGACUAAGAAUGUGUGUAGUAAAGAGAGUCCAUUGACUGUAGUGGUAAAUAGGCAAAGCAUGCAGAAUUGUUGGUGAAUUUUGUAGUAGAGUUAGGGUUAGGGAGUUGCCUUUCCCUUUAAUAUGAAAGUCAGUUUGGGAGGAACAAACUUUGGAAGAGCAUUUCCAUCUUCUAACUGUCCAUCUUUAUUGUUAUCUGUCUAAUUUUGUGACCCAUCAGUCCUGCUAUUUUUAAACUGAGUAGUUAAUAUUUUUCUAGACUGAUUAGAGCAGGUGAUGAUAGCCACUACGAAAUGAGAAGCUGUAUGUACUUCCUGCUGAAUUCUCUUCAUUGCAGUAGCCUACAUAACUUUGUGCAUAGAGCCCUCAUCUGUUGAAUGAUGCAUCUUGAUUUAUGUCAUGGCAGAGGUUGAAUAUUCAGGUGAGGCACAGAGUAGAUUCUGGUUGUGAUCUCCUGUAAGCUACAGCACUGCGAUUCAGACUUCGGGUACUUGUUUUCAUUCCACAUUGCUAAAAAAUGGCUGUUGACUUCUAGUGUUUUAAUACCACAAGGCUGCCAUGUGGCAUUUGUUUUUAGGUAGGAUCAGUCAGAUAUGACAGAAAAACCUUUCCUAAGUGCCUUAUUGCCUGCACCUCUGUUGUGGCUUGAACAUUGGACCCUAAUGUUAAAUUGGCCACAACCUUGAUUGACUUAAUUUCACAAGUUACGUACUUUUUCAUUUCUCACACUUUCAGUACAUGCUCUCUUCCUUGGUUAUGAUUAGCACAGCUAAGAAGAUAAUCCCUUGCAGGAGAUUCUGGUUAGAUUUCCCCUCAGUGAUGCUUUUUGUCAAGCCAUCUUUGAGAAUGAAGUCGUGACUGCAUUAAAAUAGAGACUACAUUAAAACAGAACACGACUUUGGAAGCAUUAAAAUAGAGACUACAUUAAAACAGGACAUGACUUUGGAAGCUUCUUGUACUCUGAAUAAGUCAAGGUUCAAGGAGGAGCAAACUAGCAACACCUUAUCUGUGGCUUAUAGAGGCCACAUUUUCUUUGUUGUUGGGUUACUUGACUGAUUGUAGGAUGUGAGAAUGUACAAGGAAUGCAUCCACAAACAUUGCAGAACACUACUUUUAGAAGGAUAGCUUAAGUCCAAACUAGCAUUUGAUUCACUCUUUGAGGUAAACCUUGGGUACCAGAUCACUAAACUGUUCACAUGCUGAGCCACAGUCUUCAAAAGACAGCCUCUCUUUCACAGUUCUGCUUCCUCUUUGAUGGCCUAUUGUCUGUAGCUUUUAGGGUCCCUUUCACUGCUCAAGAGAUGUAUGUCGUUGGGGCCACCUUAAACUUGCUUAGUCCACAACUGCUUACUAGUACAAACACCCUUUCACACUUCUUGCCCAGGUUAUGUAUCAGAUGAAAAUACCCAGCAGUAAGUUUUCUGCAUUUUAAGGCCCCCACUUCUUUUAUUAGGAGGAUCUUUGAGUGAUUUACAGACUGUGAAUCCCUAUUCAUUAUUGAGAUCGGAGAAGCCACUAUGUCAUGAGAAGUCUAGGCACUAAGACUGACAUCAUUAAUACUUGUGACAUAGAUUGCUUUCAAUUCCAGGUAAAUAAAUAGCCAGUUGAUCAGCUUUAUGCCAGCAUUCUCCUGAUUCUUGUGUGGAGGAGGUCUUGGAAGCUGCUACACAUUUCUUGAAAUGGAUAACUUUGCUUUAUGUGCCUGAAUGUGCUGCUAACUGACAGUUUUUUUUAGCUUGCUAGCCUGUUGAUGCCAUGGUUAUUUUCUUCUCCUUAGAUGUGUCGAUUUGUUGUUCUCUGUAUGUUGUACUCUGUGGUUGCACAUUCAUGAUCACUGAGAGUGCAGAACUGAGGUUGAGGAUUUGAUGCCAUUCUCAUCUGGGACUGUAUUUUAACCCAUCUACCACCGCAACUAAUCUACGACUUUCAUUCUUUCCUGUCAUCAUGUAGUACUUUAAUCAGAAUUUUGAAGCCAUGGUAAAGGCAGUUGUGAUGAUAAAGCAUCGUUGGUGACCUUGUUUGCCCACUGCACAGCUUAUCUUUAUCAGUUGUAAAAUAAGAUGGCGGCUUCCUUUGGACUUGUAUUCACAAAUUUUGUGAAGGAUUAGGAAAUUUCAGUCACUGGAAGUGGCUGUACAACUCCUGCAUUUCUGCAAGCUAAAAAAGGCUACAUCUUUCAACAUGUGCCAUUUAACUUUUAAUCUGACAUAGGACCAGAGAUCUGGAUUCAUCAGUGUGACUCUUAUCCAAUAAGAGUUAUUUUAUAGCUGGCAAACAUGUUAGGAUCUGUCUCACUUUUAUUUCACUCUGCUGAACUCGAGUCUCAUUUACCUCCAGUAGCAUAAAAGCUAACAGUCUGACAUUAUCCAAGGAUUUUAAUAUUCUUUUCCCUGUAGACCAUGUUCAGUGUCAUUGAUGGCUAUGUAUCAUUACCAUGAUAUCCUCAGGGUACAUUGGGUCUAGUCUUAAGUGUUUACACAGAUGUUUCUGUGUGUGGACCCUGUAUAAGUACAGUGAAAUAGUUGCCUCCGGUAUUCCUGUACUGAAGGCAGUUUCAGAGUUUCAUCUAAACUGAGUGACCAGUCUCAAAAGCCUGCUUUGCUAUGAUGAAUAUUAUUAGUGUGCGUAAUGAACAUGUUACACACCUUUGGCCUGAAUUUGGUCCAUGCUUUUGACAUGGAGCUCCUGGAAGGAAUUUCUUCAAAAACAUAUUACAUUGCUAAUAUUUGAAUGUAGCCAAUAAUCAGAAGGUUUGUGUUUUUCUGCAGCCUGCACCAGGGGCUGGUUUAAUAGUGUUUGUAGGCCAUACAUCAUACCUUACCAGGUUUGCCUUAUGUUCAGUGGCUAGACAGUUACCUUAUCAGGGAUAUCUGUGUGGAAGUCACUUGGAAAUCAUCCUUCACUUUCUUCUACUGUUAUAUGUCUAGUCUUGGUGCCACUGUAAACUUCUAGGUGUUAGUAUUCCAAGGGUUGUGGAUGUAAGUUUUUUUGUGGAACUUGUCUGAUGUAUUACUAGAGAGGUGUCUAAAAGUGUGGAUGUGGUGCUUUAUGUGUACAACUGUAUAACAGGACUGCCCACCCACAAGCAUGAAUACAAAUGUAUAAUACGCAUGUAUGUGUGUCUGGUGCGUGAUCCAAAGUAAUCCAAGACUAGGAACACUUGUUGCCAGUUGGUUGGACUAAUAUAUAAUUUUUGUCAUCCAAGUUCUUAAUAGCAUUUACAUACAUUUCCUGUCAUACAGAUAGCUACAAUUUGUGUAGCAAGGCAGCUAAUUGUCUGGCUAAUGCACUUUAGUUUCUUAAAGGUUUUGCAUAUAUUCCUUUUAGAAGUCCAUAACAGUGGUGUGAACAGUAGCCAACUGAGCAGUGCUUAAUAGAGCACAGAUGGUGUAGCUUGCAUGUAACUAAGCAUGCAGUUUAUUACUACUCUGAAUAUACUGCACUGUGGAAAACAAGUAAUCACUUCUCUAUGCAUGCACUCACCUUUGCAUAACAAACUCAAGAGGUGUGUGCAAUUUGGAGUUGGGACUGAUCUUUGAUGCAACUUUCUUUGAUGGAAAGGACUGAUUUGGGAAACAGUUGUGCUGAGAUAAUGGUAAAUGUGUCUGCUUCAUUAGAAAUAUCUGUCAAAGAUUUCCAGUAGAAAGGAUGAGUUUAAGCCAGUAGCUUUUUUUUUUUUUUGGUGGAUUGCAUUUCCAGGAGUUAUAAUUCAUACUUUAUACCCUUUAAGCUGCUAUACUAAUGCAAGUACUGUUUGAAUGCAUUUAAUAGAGGAAACCACCCUAAUAACUUUAUUUUAUUAUCAUGAUGUAAGUAAGGAAUUUGUGAUUUACAUUUUAGGGAUAAAUACCGAAACAGAAAUGCAUUCUUCACUGUUACGUUGAUUUCUAAACAUGUCACUGCUAUGACUUUUAUAUGAAAAGGCUACAGAGAUCAAAACAAAUGUUCUCACAGUAAAAAUAUUUCAAUAAAUCUUUUUCUAUUUUGUUUUAAAGCUCAUUGCAAUUUAACUAGUCUUGCUUAUGCACAAGGUCCUACUUUUCUUACUCUUGAAGGUGAUACUGAUCUAACCUUGCUUAUUUCGGGCAGAAUCUAGCACAUUUGGGAGAUGGUUGUUACAAAAGAGAUGAAAAGCUGAUUUCAUAACAUCAGAAAAUGGGUUUAAAUUGGAAAGAUCUGUUAAAAGUGUGCAAUUGUACUUUGUGUUCCAUUCCUGCCCUUUCCAAAGGUUUCUGGUGGAAACUUGCCCAGUUUUGUCUCCAUUAGAGACACAGAAGGACAGCCAUUUUGCAGCUGUCCUUUGUCAUACACUGGUACCCUGAAGUAUUUGUUUGAGCUGCUCUCAGAAAAAAAUUAAGAAUGUAUGUAAAAUGCUAGCCUGAGUUUAUCUCUGCAUUUGCUGAACUGUAAAAUCAAGCAUAAUUUGCAAAUAUCUGUUUGCCAGCAUCCAUUACUAUUACGCUAUCACACAAUGACAGAAUAAGUCACCAAUAUUUAUUUUAUUUAUUGACAUUUGUUGACUGGGAAGGUCCACUGGAUCAAAGAUCCAUUUUCAGUGGAGGCCUGGGGGGAAAAGCUCCAAAAAAUAGUGUCACAUUAAACAAAGUUAGUGAAAAACUUAAAGCAGUUUAUGAAGAUUUUUACAUAGACAAACUAAAGAUUUUUUUACAUAGACAACAGAUUACAACAUUGAGGCAAAAUACAGUUUAUAACAAAACAAGUAUGGAUUCCAUCAAAUUCUGUCUGCUCAACUUUUAUAAAUUGUACAGCAUAGAAAGGAGAUUGCCAUUCUUAGGUUUGAGAGUCAAUUUGUGUGCAUGUGCAAUACAUUUUAUUUUUGGAAUAAUGUCCAAUGUUGUACCUGUUGUUAGUACAUGAGAUGCUCAGAAUAAGACCACAGUCAGUUUGUGAUGGAGUUCAAACGAGGUGCCAAGAGUAUAGCGCUUGUGAACAGAAUUUUUCUUGAUAACAAAAUGCAUAUUUUUGUUACUAAAUACUAUCAAUCUCCCACCCAUGUAGAGGUUUGUCUAAAGGAUGUCAAACAACUGUUCUGUAUUUAUUUUCUGUAAUUAUGCAAUGUGUUGCCAUUCUGCAAAAUAUUUCUGGAUCUGCUAUGCAAUUAAGAAAAGAAAUGGGAUGUUUACUGGAUUGAUAUACUGUAUCUGUAGGACUGUCUGUUUUGGGUGCAUAUAAAUGUUGGUUGCUUCUUUCCAGUACAAUCAUGUAUAUUUAACUGACUUAAAAUCUGGUUAUUUCUUCAUUUAGACUUCACUGUAAGUAUUGUGAAAUAUGAGGUAUAGGACAAAGCAGAUAAGAAUUGUAUCUUCUUCUGUCUCGCCUUGUAUUACUUUAUUAUUCAUGCUGCUUAGUGUUGGAUAUGUGGGCUGUGCCCCACAAGGUUUGCAUGUAUGUAUAUAAUCAAAAGUCAUUUUUUGAGCAAAGUUAGUAUUAUGGUGUUGUUGGUACACAGUUUAACAUUUCAAAGGACAGAAGCACAAAUUUGUUAUAUUUCAAGUCCUCCAAUCAGACACAUUUUUUUCAUCCCUUAACAUAUGUUGCAGUGUCAUAAGAACAACAUUUCUGUAUAAUGUUCUCAAGUCUCAUAACAUGAAACUUUUUCUUGUCUGACCUUUCAUCUUUAGUGAUUAUGAAACCUACUGCCUGGUAACUUGAGGACUUGAUUAAUAGUCUUACUGAGAAAAUAGUUUAGCCAUUCAGUCUUUAACUGUUUCUGAUCAUUUGUCAGAUCAAUUGCUUUAUGAUAUUUGAUUUCUGUCAACCAUUCCAGACAUUUACUAUAGCUAUGUUUGUGAAUCAUACUGCAAAGGUACAUAAUUCUACAGUGAGUGAGGUCGGCACUGUCCAGUGUUUUUUUUUUCCUUUUGUAUUUAUAUAUCUAUCUAUCUAUCUAUAUAUAUAUAUAUAUAUAUAUGUAUAUAUAUAUAUAUAUAUAUAUAUAUAUAGUUAGAUAGAGAGAGAGAGAAAUCUCUACUAUUCCUUCAUAAGCAGGGCUUUUGCUGAAACAAGGACUUAAAAUAGGAGCAGCGUUCUAAGUGCCUUUAAUGUUUGGGCAUUCUUGGCCACAUUCUUGACAGUGUUCAUUUACUGACCCACCACAGACCCCAGUAAAUACACACAUACCAUCUUGAUUCUUGUCACAGCUUUUUAGAAACAAUUGCACAAAGUCCUGGCAACAGAUGCCCAGUCAGAAGAUGGACUGGAGAACAUUAUGUGCUACUAGCUUUACAUAUAACUUGGCAGGUAUUGCUCAGUGCCUAUGGCAAUUUUUUUUACUCCUAUGUAUAAGAAUAUGAAACAAGAUACCAUUUCAAAUGUUUGUUGCACUUCCAUGGCUUUUAGUUUUUAAAUGAAUACAGUCUGUGUUAACUCAGUGGGGAAAAUGCAAAUUAUUUUCUUGUAAUGAUUUAAUAUUUUGAAGAAGUGUACAAAAACAGAUUAAAGCGUAUGUUAAUCUUUUGUUUUUGUUUUUCAUUAAAAGGUCUAAUAAUA